UGGUGAUCAGUGAGAAGUGCCCCUUACAUUGGGGUCAGUGGGAAGAAUGUCCCUUACAUUGGGGGUGUGGGAAGAAUGUCCCUUACAUUGGGGGUCAGUGGGAAGAAUGUCCCUUACAUUGGGGGUCAGUGGGAAGAAUGCCCCUUACAUUGGUGAUCAGUGGGAAAAUGCUCCUUACAUUGGGGGUCAGUGGGAAGAAUGUCCCUUACAUUGGGGGUCAGUGGGAAGAAUGUCCCUUACAUUGGGGGUCAGUGGGAAGAAUGUCCCUUACAUUGGUGAUCGGUGGGAAGAAUGUCCCUUACAUUGGGGGUCAGUGGGAAGAAUGUCCCUUACAUUGGAGGUCAGUGGGAAGAAUGUCCCUUACAUUGGGGGUCGGUGGGAAGAAUGUCCCUUACAUUGGGGGUCAGUGGGAAGAAUGUCCCUUACAUUGGGGUCGGUGGGAAGAAUGUCCCUUACAUUGGUGGUCGGUGGGAAGAAUGUCCCUUACAUUGGGGGUCGGUGGGAAGAAUGUCCCUUACAUUGGGGGUCGGUGGGAAGAAUGUCCCUUACAGACAGCAACAGUCAGUGCUCAAAAACCCCUGUCAACCUCGGGUUCCAG